AUGUUUUCCUCGUUUCAUUUCCCAAGGGUGAAGAUGCUCCUUCAUGGCCUGCAGGGCUUCGUUGUUUUUUUGGGCUGGGCCCUCACAGUCGCCGUUUUCACACGGGAUGGGUAUACAGACGGUCGGACAGCAUACUAUUUUGCGCUGUGUUGGUUCACGGCGCCCGCCCUCAUCUACCUCGCCGCAGUGCCCAUGUGGCCACGGACACGGAGAUUCGGCAAUGCGUAUGCCUUCGCUGCAAUCGACGUGUUAUUCGCUGUUCUCUGGUUCGCCUCCUGGGUGGCCGUUGCAUCCUACGUAGGCGCUGGCAAGAAAGAAGGUGAAAAUGAUAAGAAGAAUAAAGAUAAAAAUGGCUGCGAUGCAUUCGCAUUCGGUUCCCCCGCAAAGUGCAGAUUAAGCACCGGAACCGCGGUCCUGGGUGUUGGGGUGUGCCUCCUCUUCGUCGCCACAUCCUACCUCUCCAUCCGCAAUCUCAUAGAAUACCGUCGAAGCGGCACGAUGCCCUACGAAGGCUCCGACCCCACCUUCGCCGCACAUUCCAAAGCCGCCUUCUCGUCCAACCCAGCCCAAGACUUCGACGACGAAGAUGACCGGGACGCUGAAUUCCGCUCCGGCAGAUCCCCUACCGCCGGCACCUUCCGCCGUGAUCCCAACGACGCAUAUGCGCUGCUGCAUAACAACGACGCGGAUGAUUUGGCGGCCCUGCAUGGAACUACUGCACCCCCGCCGUUGUAUGAUCCGACAUCGAAUAGUAAUAGUAAUAGUAAUAGUAAUAAUAAUCAUGGUAGUAAUCCGACCAGUCCGCCGCCGCUGCCUGUGACUGGUGAUAGUAGCUAUUUGCAUGAUUAUGAUACGAGUUAUAGAGGUGCGUAUGGAGCUGGGCAUCGGUCUCAGGCGUCUGGGAGUUAUCAUGAUGGAUAUCCGGGGCGGUAG